AUGGGAUCGAAACAUUCAACGGUGAAAAAACAGAAUCAAAGUCCUGAAGCCCCUGUAAAAACUGUUUCUAAAAAGCCGGUAGUUAGCGAGCAACCAAAAAGUGUUAAUGAAGCAAAUGUUGAGCCAGGGAAAAGAGAGUUGAAACGAGUUUCAACGGAUCCUCCGAACAUUCAACCGACUAUCAUUAAAUCUCCGGAUGAUGAUCCAGUUUUUCAUGUUAAUCUUUCAAAAGUUGGAUCCACCGACACUAUUGUCGGCCCAAACCAGGCGAGAAAAGCCCGAUCAUUUAACAUGACAGAAAUCGAUUUCUCGAUUACUGGUGUGUCCAGCUCGUUUGCUCCAGUUCCUGGUUGGAAUAAUGAGAAAAACAAUUCAAAGGAGAAAAUUGACGUUCCGCCAGACUGUAAGCAUCCGCCAGAUUCGCCGAGUCCAAAGAGAAAAGCAAAGAAACAAAAGUCUGAUGAAGAUUCUGAGCCACCAAAAGGAUAUUAUGAGGCGAAGAAACAAAAUGAAGACGCAGAGAGGAAACGGUCCCGCAUUUCAGCAAAUAUCAGUACGAAAGAAGAUAAAAGCAAUGGUUCAAAGAAAACCGUCGACAGUGAACUAUUCGACUCGGGACCAUUCAAGAAAAACUUUGCGUUCGGAAAUGCAGACCACUCGACAGCUUCACCAUUCGAAAUCUCAACCACUCCGAUUGAAGUUAACGAAUCUCGUGCUCACAAAACUAUUGAGAUCUCGAACCGAGCACGCCUGGAAUCUCAAAACGACGGAUGUCUGUCUCCAUCAUCACUGAAAUCGGUGCUCGACGAGAUUCAAACGGAGCCAAGAUGCAAGUCACCACAGCAUAUUGAUCUGCACACUUUCAGAGAUGCUGUUGAUGUGAACUACCAACGGAUGGCUAUCACUGGAGAAGAACUCAGUGGAGUACCUCUGGAGGAUCUCAAAACCGCUUCCGGACAUCUCAUCGAGGCUCUUCAUCUCCGCUCGAAGUACAUGGAACGUAUUGGAAAUCAGUUCCCAUCAACGACUCGCAACUUCCUCAGUGGACAUUACCCGGCGAACUUGCCAAAGCAUCGUGUCAAGAAUACGGAAACAACCCAAGUUCUAUUCCAUCCGCCCAGCGUGCCGGAUUUGGAGGCCGUCCAGACAUCAUUCAAUCCACCAGAUCCGCCAAAGGAUCAUUGGGGAAAAAAUGAUCCGCUGCCAAAGUAUGAGAAAAUCUAUCAUUUGAGACGUAAUCGUGGAGUGACUGAAAUUUGCAAUGACGAUGGCUCAAUUGAUCAGCAAUUCAAAAAUGUUAAUGUGACGAAGGAGGAGUUCUUAAAUGACACUGAAAAGCUGACAGCAAUGAUUGUUGAUGGUCCACUUAAAUCAUUCUGCUUCCGUCGACUUUCCUACCUUGAAAACAAGUUUCAACUUCAUGUUCUUCUCAACGAACUUCGUGAGCUUCAUGAGCAGAAGGGGGUGUCGCAUCGAGACUUCUAUAACAUCAGAAAGGUAGACACUCACAUCCACGCCGCAUCAUCAAUGAAUCAGAAACAUUUGCUCCGUUUCAUCAAGAAGAAGAUAAAGACUGAAGCUGACACGGUUGUUCUGAAUAACAAUGGAACAAAGGUUACAAUGAAGGAAGUAUUCAAGAAGAUGGGAAUUGAUGCCUACGAUUUGUCAGUUGAUAUGCUUGAUGUUCAUGCUGAUCGUAAUACAUUCCAUCGUUUCGAUAAGUUCAACACAAAGUAUAAUCCAGUUGGAGAAUCUACUCUCCGCGAGAUUUUCAUCAAAACUGACAAUUAUGUCGGUGGAAAAUACUUUGCCGAUUUGCUCAAGGAGGUGUUGUCGGACCUCGAGGAUAGCAAGUAUCAGCACGCGGAGCCAAGAUUGUCGAUUUACGGAAGGAGCAAGAACGAAUGGGACAACCUUGCGAAAUGGGCGCUCACACAUGAUGUAUGGAGCCCGAACGCUAGAUGGCUCGUUCAGAUUCCUCGACUCUACGACGUCUAUCGUGCAAAGAAUAUGGUAAAGAAUUUUGACGAUAUGCUUGAUAACCUGUUCACCCCGUUAUUCGAAGUCACCAACGAUCCAUCGUCUCAUCCAGAGCUUCAUCUCUUCCUUCAGCAAAUUUCCGGAAUUGAUUCAGUUGAUGAUGAGAGCAAGCAUGAAUUUGUUAAUUUCGAUCGUUCAACACCUUGCCCACCAGAGUACACUGACUUGGAGAAUCCACCAUACAACUAUUAUCUCUUCUACAUGUACCGCAACAUUUGCGCCUUGAAUGCAUUCCGCCGUGCUCGUGGACUCAACACCUUUGCACUUCGUCCACAUUGUGGAGAGGCUGGCCACGUUUCGCAUCUGCUCACCGGAUACCUGACCAGUGAAAGUAUUGCUCACGGAAUUCUUCUCCGCAAGGUGCCAGUUCUUCAGUAUUUGUAUUAUUUGACGCAAAUUGGAAUCGCCAUGUCACCACUGUCCAACAAUUCGUUGUUCAUCAGUUACCAGCGGAAUCCUUUGCCAGAAUAUCUGCAAAAAGGACUGAAUGUCUCUCUGUCCACUGAUGAUCCACUCCAGUUCCACUACACCAAGGAAGCAUUGAUGGAAGAAUUCUCGAUUGCUGCUCAAGUUUGGAAGCUCAGCUCAUGUGAUAUGUGUGAGCUCGCGAGAAAUAGUGUCAUGCAGAGUGGAUUUGAAGAUAAGGUCAAAAUUCACUGGCUCGGACCAAAUUACAAAGAAGAAGGAGUUCUUGGCAACGAUAUCCACCGUACCAAUGUUCCAGAUAUUCGUGUCAGCUUCCGUCACGAGGCUCUGGUUGAUGAGCUUUACAACCUCUUCCGUGUACAAAAUACUCUCAAACAGUAG